ACCAAUUUUGCCAUCCCUGGCGUGCAUUUAUUUUCACGUGCGAGUUGUGUCCAAAUUUUGUAAACAAAUUUUUAAAUAUUCUAAAAUUUAAUAAUGGAAAAUAAAGACGAAUCUAUAAAAACUAAUGAAGAUCAAAAUGUGGAAGCAUUUAAAUUUUUUGGGAAAACCAAAAAUCGCAAAGUUUCACCAAAGAGUAACAAAUAUCCUAAACGCCCAUUGUUUUUAUUUCCAGUGAAACGAAAAAGCAGAUUAAAAUCGGAAACUGUUGAAACUGCACAUAAUUUACCUGAUGGUGAAUUUGAUAUAAGCAAAGAAGAUUUAGAUAGGUCCGAGGGAGACAAUAUUACGUCUCCAAAUGAAAGUAAUUUUAAUGAAGAAAAUAUGAAAAACGGAGAACUAAAGAGUAAGAAAAAAGUUAAUCAGCCGAUGCGACGAACAACUAGAUUGAAAACGGAAAUUUUUGUUGAAAGUUUUCCACAUAAUUCCGAUGAUGACGGUGAUACAAACAAAGAGGAAGAGCCAAAAAUUACUUCUGCAAACAAAAGACUUUUUAGUGAUUUAGAUGAGAAGGAGGAGGAAUGUAAGAAAAAAGUUAAACGGCCUAAGACUACAUUACCGAAGCGUCGUUCUACCAGAUUGAAAUCGGAAUGUUCUCAUAAUAUACAAGAUGAAGAAUUUGAUAGAAGCAAAGAUGAUUUUCACAUCGCCGAGCUGUGGAAGGAGCCGGCAAAUAAGGAAAAUCCAUUAACUAGUAUAAACACACCAAAAGAUAACAUGUUUAGUGAUUCAAAUGUGGAAGAUAAUGACAUAAAUGUAACAAUAAAUAACAUAGUAGACUCACUAACAGAUAGUACGCCAAAAAAGAGCAAGAAAAGAAAGCGGGACAGGAAAUCUGAACUAGAUAAUAGUUUUGAAAAGUUGGCUGAAAAUAUGCUUGAAUCCAUUGACACAAAUGUCAUUGUGGAUAUGAUGCAGAACAAAAGUUUAGAAAGCCAGAAGACUGAAGAUGAAACUGAAGUGACGAGAAGUUCUAAAAGGAUACGAAAAUUAACACAAAGUGAAAAUUGUGAUGAAAAUUUUGAAAACAACGAGCAUCAAUUGGAUUUAGCGCAAAAUUAUAUGCAGAAUUUGAAUGCUAAAUCAACCAAGAAAAAGGGUACCAAAUCUUUGGUAGAACAAUAUGAAGAAGUAAAUGGUCGGAGUAAAUUGGUGAAUAAUAAUGACGAUCAACAGCAAUUAGAUUUUACUUACGAAGACAGAGAGAAUACCUCAAAAUCAAACGCAAAAGCUAAAUCUCCCAUAAAAAGGAGUAGAAAGUCUUUGGCAGAAAAAUGUGAAGAAGAAAAUGAUCAGAAUAAGUUAGAGGAUCAGAUUGUAAAUGAUGACGACCAACAGCAAUUAGAUUUUACUAACAAAGACAGAGAGAAUAUCUCAAAAUCAGACGCAAAAGCUAAAUCUCCCAAAAAAAGGUUUAGAAAGUAUUUGGCAGAAAAAUGUGAAGAAGUAAAUGAUCAGAGUAAGUUAGAGGAUCAGAUUGUAAAUGAUGACGAUCAACAGCAAUCAGAUUUUACUAACAAAGACAGAGGGAAUACAGCAAAAUCUAAAUCUCCCAUAAAAAGAGGUAGAAAGUCUUUGGCAGAAAAAUGUGAAGAAGUAAAUGAUCAGAGUAAAUUAGAGGAUCAGAUUGCAAAUGAUGACGACCAACUGCAAUUAGAUUUUACUAAUAAUGACAGAGGGAAUACCGUAAAAUCAGAAGCAAAACCUAAAUCUUCGAUAAAAAAGCGUAGAAAAUCUUUGGCAGAAAGGUUAGAGGAUUCUAACGUAAAUGAUGGCGAUCACCAGAUAUUAAAUUCCGCAAAUGAAAAUACUGAAAAGUUUGCUGAAAAAACUAAAUCUCCCAUAAAAAGAGCUACAAAAUCUACUACCAGAAAAUCAUCAGAAAACAAUGAAGAAGAAAUUGAUCAAACUAAAUUACCGACUGAUUUAAAUGAUCGUCAACAAUUUGCUUUAUCCAACAAUGGCAAUGUUGAUUCCAUAGAAUCGAGUGCUGGACAAAAACCAACCAAUAAAACUUUGACCCAAAAAUUAAAUGAAUCCAUUGAACUGAAUAAACUAGAGGACAAUAAUGUAAAUAACAGAUUAAGUGAUAACGAUGAGCAACAGAUUAAUUUAACUUACAAUGAAGAUGAUGAUGAGGAUGAGAAUUUAAAUGAAGCUAAUAAUUUAGAUACAGAAAAUAUAUUACAAGAUAAACUGCCACCACAGCCAUCAAUGUCCAAUAAUGAUACGGUUAUAAAUUCAAAAAAAUCUAAAGAAAUACCCAAAAAACGGGGUAGAAAAACGCUGGCAGAAAAAUUACAACAAUCAACUGCGGAUGCGAAAAUAACGGAACAAAUUCCUAAAGUACCCAAAAAACGGGGUAGAAAACCGAAAAUUUUAAAUAAUACACUGAAAGAAACCGACAAUAACGCUGGUACAAAUGAUAUAACAAAAUAUUUAACUGUUAAUGAUAAACCCCCAGAAGAAAUUAACAAAAAUACAACUUCACCAGAUGAUGAACGACCUAAAACCCGCAGUAAAUCCAAACCCGUUACUAAUAACACAGCAGAUACCACAGUAGAUACCAUAGCAGAUACCACACUAAAUACGACAGUUAGCAGCACAAAAAAGGAAAAGCCGAAAGGACGUGGUAAAUCAAAGGUACUUAAAGUCAAUGUAGCAAAAGCCUUAACAAAGAACAAAGUUACAAAAUUUAGUAAACUGACAAAAGAGGAAAUCAAACAAGGUUCAAAAAGAAAAAUUCCCCAAGAACGUCUGGAGGAAGUAUUGACAAUAAUAGAUGAUGAAGAUCAUCCUAUUUGGGAGGAUCAUAAUAUAUCUUGUAGUCCUUCCAUUUAUACUUACUGGCAACAACGCGCUCAUGCGGUAUCUGAACAAAAUCUAAAAAUAAAAUAUGCACGUCAAUUUCUAUUACGUCGAGACUGGAUUAAUAUGUACAAAAUAUUAAGUUUAUCCAAUACAAAGUUAAAUAUUUACUUUCCUUUAAUGUCUAAGUAUGCUGCACUAUUGUUGGCCCAUACGGACGCGGAACAAUUUAACAAAUAUGUACAAUUCCUAACUAGUAUGGUUGACAGCAGUGCUGUUCUAAAGAAAUGUACAGGAAUAGCGAAGGAUCAUGGAGAGGAAUAAUACAUAAAGAUGAUUAAAGAAAAUGACUUUAAACUGAAAGAUAUAAGUCGAUUUUUUAUACUUAAUGAUUUGAAAAGUAAUAUUUAUAUGUAAAUAAUAUAAACGUUGAAUAAAUGAAAUUAAGAAAAUAAUAUAAUAGUA